GAGGGCGAAGCGAGUAGAUAAGGCUUAUUUGCUGCUGCUGCUGGUGGUGGUGGUGCUGCUGCUGCUGCUGCCUAUAGCCCAUUGUUUUUUAUCAGAAACUAGAGGUCUUGUCGUUUGUCUUUCAGACCUAAAAAAACAACCGACAUCGCACCCCUCCUGCAGAAGCUACCGAGAGGACGGUAGCAUGAUAGAAAUAGUGGAGGGGAAUCGGCAGGAAGAGGGCCCGUUUCUGCAUUUCCCUGCGCCUGCACCGAGUUCACCGAGUCGGUAUAACCAGCGUCCGACAUGGGGAAGGAGGUAAACGGUGUUUCGCGGAGCCGGUUUGAGAUGUUCACAAACAGUGACGAGGCAGUCAUCAAUAAGAAGUUACCUAAGGAGCUGUUGCUACGAAUCUUCUCCUUUCUGGAUGUGGUGACACUCUGUCGCUGUGCCCAGGUCUCACGGUCCUGGAAUGUUCUGGCUUUGGAUGGCAGCAACUGGCAACGAAUCGACCUCUUUGACUUUCAGAGGGACAUUGAGGGCCGCGUGGUGGAGAACAUCUCAAAGCGAUGUGGGGGAUUCCUUAGAAAGUUGAGCCUGCGGGGGUGCCUUGGUGUGGGUGACAGCGCCCUGAGGACUUUCUCCCAGAACUGCAGGAACAUUGAGCUGCUUAGUUUGAAUGGCUGCACCAAGAUCACUGACAGCACGUGUAAUAGCCUCAGCAAGUUCUGUCCAAAGUUGAAGCACCUGGACCUCGCUUCCUGUACCUCAAUCACCAACUUGUCUCUCAAAGCUCUCAGUGAGGGCUGUCCUCUGCUGGAGCAGCUUAACAUCUCCUGGUGUGAUCAGGUCACCAAGGAUGGCAUCCAAGCCCUGGUUCGUUCCUGCCCUGGACUCAAAGGCCUUUUUCUCAAGGGUUGCACACAGCUAGAAGAUGAGGCUCUGAAGCAUAUCGGGGCCCACUGUCCAGAGCUGGUCACACUCAACUUGCAGACAUGUUCACAGAUCACAGAUGAAGGCCUCAUCACAAUUUGCCGGGGUUGUCACCGCCUGCAGUCUUUGUGUGUGUCGGGUUGUGCCAACAUCACAGACGCCAUCUUGCACGCCCUAGGACAGAAUUGCCCUCGCCUCAGAAUAUUAGAAGUGGCUCGCUGCUCUCAGCUUACAGACGUGGGUUUCACUACAUUAGCGAGGAAUUGUCAUGAACUUGAGAAGAUGGAUUUAGAAGAAUGUGUGCAGAUCACAGAUGGAACGCUCAUCCAGCUGUCUAUCUACUGCCCUCGUUUGCAAGUUCUGAGUUUGUCUCACUGCGAGCUGAUCACAGACGAUGGCAUCAGACACCUCGGCAGCGGCCCCUGUGCUCACGACCGACUGGAGGUGAUCGAGCUGGAUAACUGCCCCCUGAUCACAGACGCCUCACUGGAGCACCUGAAGAGCUGCCAUAGUCUGGAUCGCAUUGAGCUCUACGACUGCCAGCAGAUCACCCGCGCCGGUAUCAAGAGACUAAGGACCCAUCUGCCUAACAUCAAAGUGCAUGCGUACUUCGCUCCCGUCACUCCGCCUCCCUCUGUCGGGGGCAGCCGUCAGAGGUUUUGCCGCUGCUGUGUCCUGCUAUGAUGUAAAGACAACAACCCCCUUCCCUGUCCCCGAGUCCCUCGUACACGCUCCCCGCAGCCCGUCACUUGACCCCACGACCUGCUGUCCCCCCUCCUGGCCCCCUGUCAAAGAGUACAUGCUGGUGUGUCCCCCCUUUUUGGAGCUGCAGAGAGAGGGAGAGAGCCAAACAACGCUACAGGGUCUUGGGUAACUUUCCCCCAAAACAUUCCCGAAUCUCCCCAUCACACACACACACACACACACACAUGCACAGACACACGAACUGAUUUGCAGACAGACUCACACACACAGAUUAACUCUUAGAGAAGAAUGUCAGAACAUUCCUGGCCUGCGUUCAACGGACAAACCAGUAUUACAAAGAGAGUAAAUACGAUCAUGACUGUUAACAGAUUUAACAGUGGUUUAACAGAGAAUAAUGAGGCAAGAUCUUAAAAUCACAAACCAUUGUUCUGUAUUUGCAAGCAGGCACUCUCUCUACUUAUUUAGCACUUUGAGACAGAUUUGAGUGACGGCCUCUAACAAAAAAAAUUGAAUAGGCUCAAAAGAUCCCUCUUAAUCUCACACAAACACACACACACACACUUCCACACUUCCCUCGGUGUUGAAGGUUACUUAACAGCUACCUCUAGAUAGAACUGCACUUGAGUAUGACCUGUGUUAGCUUUGUUCUGCAGGCUCUCCGGUCCAAAUAGAUGUUUAUUACAAAAAGGGGAAGCGUUGCAGCCGGUAAACCACCGACACUCCUCUAACUCAUACAUAGAAAGCAGGAGAAAGCCUAUUUGUUGAAUUUAAAAAAAAAAAAAAAAAAGAAAAAGGAAAAAAACAUAUUUGCAGCCAUUUGCACUUACAGUAAAGCAAUGAUGAGACACUUUACAAAGACAGGAAUUUCCGAAUUUUACUAACAAAAACACAUUCAAAUCCAAAUCAUCACUCACAUGCAUACACUGAGCUUGCUACCACUGUACCCUCGCCUCUCUCUGUCUCUGUUACAAUCAGAAGCUUCAAUAUACUGAAGAAAAAAAAAAGACAAAGUUUAAUAUUUUUCUAAAAAUGGACACCAAUUAAGACUCACAAGUGGGGACUAAAGAAGAUGCCAAAUGUUGCAUGUAACACCUCUAGUUUUUUAAAAGAUCUAAUUGUACAUAAAUGAGGAUUGUGGGAGUUUCGAGAGUGGAAGCCAGCUAAACAACAGACACGAGAGGAUAUGAGAUGUGGCCGGUGACCGCUGUCAGUGGAUCUCCCCGAGGAAAUUACGGUGAAGCUCGCACAUGCUUGUCUGAUGUGUGUGAGAACAUGUGCUGGAACUUUGGAGAGUUAAAAAAAAAAAGAGCCAGUACUCAAUGUGGAAGAACUGAUGCUGGUCUGCGAAAGAUCAUUUCAACAACAGAAAAGUAUAAAGAAACUCUUUUGAUGGAAGGAAAAAAAACAAACACACGUCGGACAUCACUACAUGAAUUCAUGUUCAGACCAGGACAUUGGAAAGAAAAAGCCAACUGAAAACAAUCAAAGUACGUCUAUUUUCAGUUAGUUUGAUUUCAUUUUUAGUCGCUCUUGUUGUCGCAAUCGGCGUCGAUUCUGGAGACAAAAAACUGGUGAAACCACGCGCGAGUGUUGGGAGGACAUCGAGGUGGCUUCGGUGACUCCUCAACUCCCAUGAGGCCUUGCAGAGGAUGGAGUAAAGGUGUGUUACACCCCUGCCACCUGUGACCCCCCUCCCGUCUGUCUGGGAACAGUGACGCUGCCAGAGGUUAAGACCGGAUCAGACCAGUGGAGUCACUGCGAGAGGAAGUUGACUGAAUCUCGAGCACACAAUUCUGGCCUGCUCAGAGCGGGCAGAUAUGAUGGAAUGAUUCUGUCACAACGGAGGGCUAUAACAGAGUUCAACCCCCCCUCCCCCUCCCCCUCCCCUUCCCCCUCCUACCCCUCCCGCCCUUAUGAAGUAUUGAAGCCUUUUCUUAUGGAUUAUCUUCUCCUGCACUCGCACCUGCUUUAUUCUACGUCUCUUUUGUUCCCAUUUCAUUUUAUAAUUGUGUCUUUUACUGCAUUUCUUUUCUCUUUGACAUGAUUUCCUCUGGAUCUCUACCCUCUCUCUCUCUCUCUCUACCCUCUCUCUCUCUCUCUCUCUCUCUCUUUCUCUCUCUUUGCAUUUCUGUUUUGGUGUGGUAUGGAUUGCGCCUGCUUUGUGUUUGAAGUCAUGAGUUCAGUGUCUCCAAGUUGAGUUUGAGCCCUCUUCCAGUCCUCAGUUGUUUUUUUUGUUUUUUUUUUGAUCUGAUGGAGUUUGUGUUUUUAUUAAGAGUUUAUUGUCACUAAAUGUCCAGAGUGUAGCCUUUUUGUCCGGGGACGAAGUUUUGGCACCAGUGCAAUUAUGAUAAAUGUUAAAUGUGAGUUGGGUUUUUUUUUUUUUUUUAUGAGUUAAGGAGGAGUUCAUGAUGACAUGUAUGUAUGAUGUAGGUUUUACUUAUUGAAUGUUUCCAUCAAGAAGAAGUGUGCUUUCCUCUCUUUUUCUUAAUUUGUAUGCCUUGCUUUUCCAAAUACCCCCCCUCCUUCCCCCCUCCCAUAUUGCACCCUGCCCCAUCACUUCAAACAAGACAGAUAUUGGUAAACCCAUUUUGAAACAUUGAUGAAUCUCAAAUGUCCCCAUUCCUGGUUUUAAGAUGCCCACUAUCAGGCAAAAUACUGAAUGAUGAUUUUUUUUCUUCAGUUUGUGAUUUGACAGCUACGGUGGACAGGAUAAUGCAACCAAGAGAUGAACCCAGUGUAAUCCAGUCUGAUCUGUUUUGUUUGAAUGGGGGGUUUUACGGGGGGGAUUAGGGAACAACCAAGAGUCAAAAUGGCGGAGGUAUCUAAUGUACUCUCUCCCUGUGCUCCGGGGGUGUUAAGACGGUUGACUUGAGGAAAAAGGAAAAGUCGUAGGAUUUAGAAAAGAAGCCUGGUCGUAACACCUGCUUGCCCUCUUCGUGCACUGUAUGUGGUACAGGCUGAGUCAUCAGUGCUAACAAUACUCUGAAUGGAUUAUAGGUAAUAGUACUCAACCGGCUCCUGAAGGUUUGUGUACAAAAGAAAUAACCUGUCAUCAGUCUUUUCACGGCGCAAAAUACACUACAGGCUUCGCAAAACAAAACACCGGACUCGUUUUUUUCCCCCUCGCAGUAUCAAACACUUUGUAUCCUUCUGUCAGACCUUCCACCAGUUUACAUGGAGGACGAGCUACUUUGCUGUGGAUCAGUUUGUUUCAUGCACGUUCGGUCCCAAACACUGGAGUAAGGAUGAGGAUUAGGAUAGAGGGCAAGAGGUGAAUCUACAGUGUGUGUUCAUGGUAGAUUGACACAGGAGACAUUUCAAAAACAUAUUUGACAAUGACUGUAGUUCAUAUAAUUACUGUAAAUCUUUUCCUUUUUUUUCUUUUUUUCUUUCUUUUUUCUUUUUUUUGUACAAUUAACCGAUAUAAAUGAAUAUGUACGUAUGAAUAAAUAUAUACCUAUAUUAUUAA